CUAAAAUUCUUGGCGUGAUCAGGCGUGAUACGGAUUAAGUGUCGAUCGAAAUCGAGUUGAUCAGGAUCGAAUCUACGCAUUUAUUAAUGUGACGGAGACAUGCGAUUUACUGAAUCUAAACCCGAUAAAUCCCGGAUUUAAAAGUACGAUGGAGUCGUAGUUAGUGUCUCGUAAAUAAACUUGGCAAUCUUGGCAAUCCAAUCCUCACAACUACGACACAAGACGUAAGGUUUUUAUCUUAUUACUGUAAAAUGUUGAACUAACGUAAAUCGUAAUCACAUCUUAAAUAAAAAAACUAGGCAGUAUAACGAUUUAAUUGAGCACGACAUACAGCAUACAUGAAGGUUACUCCACAUCAGAGGUUAGUGAUGGUUGGAGAUAGAGAUGGGCUGAAAGAAUUGCUUCGACGUCGUCUGGUCGAAUGUGGCUGGAGAGAUCAAGUAAAAAUUAUUUGUAAGGAACUUAUCAAAGAAAAUGGACAAGACAUCACGUACGACACAUUACUCUCAAUGGUAACAAGCAGAGCUCGUGGAUUAGUACCUGAUUCUGUGAAAAAAGAACUUCUGCAGAAAAUAAAAAAUCAACUCCUUGCUCAGGAAGAGAAAUUAAAAAUGUGAUAAAUGUUUAAUUAAUGUAUAUGUCCUGUAAAUUAAGAUUUCAUAUAUUUUUUAAUUGAACACAAUAAUGAUUGUACUAUCAACAUACGUAUCCUUAUAAGAAUAUGUGAAGUCUGUUUGUCAAAAUACAUUCAAUAAAGCUAUUUUUAAUUGUUUUGUAUAA